AUGGAGAGAAAACCUGUGUCCUUACCUCCGUCCAUCUCCAUAUCAGAAAUGGAACCCAACGGCAACUUCAGCAAUCACAAUAGCAACAGGAACUGUACAACUGAAACCUUCAAGAGAGAAUUUUACCCCAUCGUGUACCUGGUAAUAUUUAUCUGGGGAGCCUUGGGGAAUAGCUUUUCCAUAUAUGUUUUCCUGCAAUCUUAUAAGAAGUCCACAUCUGUGAACGUUUUCAUGCUAAAUCUGGCCAUUUCCGAUCUCUUGUUCACAACCACACUGCCCUUCAGGGUUGACUAUUAUCUCAGAGGCUCCAGUUGGAUAUUUGGGGACCUAACCUGCAGAAUUAUGUCUUUUUCUAUGUAUGUCAACAUGUACAGCAGCAUUUAUUUCCUGACUGUGUUGAGUGUUGUGCGUUUCCUGGCAACGGUUUACCCCCUCCGGCUCCUGCAUGCCACUAGCAUCAAGAAUGCCUGGAUUUUAUGUGGGGUCAUAUGGCUCUUCAUCAUGGCUUCCUCAACAGUGCUUCUGAAAAACGGCUCAGAGCUGAAGGGCAAUGUCACAUCCUGCUUGGAGCUGAAUCCCAAUAAAGUUAGUAAACUGAAGACCAUGAACCACAUUGCCUUGGUGGUGGGCUUUCUGCUGCCAUUCUGUACGCUCAGCAUCUGUUACCUGCUGAUCAUUCGAGCUUUGUUAAAGACGGCGGUCCCAGAAUCAGGGCUGCGUCUUUCUCACAGGAAAGCGCUAACCACCGUCAUCAUUGCCUUGAUCAUCUUCUUCCUGUGCUUCCUGCCCUAUCAUAUACUGAGAACCCUCCACUUAGUCGAGUGGAAAGUGGAUAAAUGCAAAGGGAGUCUGCAUAAAGCUGUGGCCAUCACACUGGCUUUGGCAGCGGCCAACAGCUGUUUCAACCCUUUGCUCUAUUACUUUGCUGGCGAGAAUUUUAAGGACAGACUAAAGUCUACACUCAGGAAAUGUCAUUCACAGCAAACAAAGUGCAGCUUUCCUGUGUGUGUGUGUGGUUAAAAAAGGAAAUAAGC